UUUCUAAGCCCCUCUCUCUCUCUCUCUCUCUCUCAGAUCUCUUGCUCGUCUUCGCGAACCUCUAUUCAUCUCCGAUCCCUCUUCGAUCUUUUUAAUCCCAAUUUGUUGCCUUUUACAAGGAAAUCUCCUUUGAUUCGAUGGUUGUUUGUAAAUGUCGCAAGGCAACCAGGCUUUAUUGCUUUGUCCACAAGGUCCCUGUCUGCGGGGAAUGCAUCUGUUUUCCAGAACACCAAAUCUGUGUGGUUAAGAAGUACUCAGAUUGGGUAGUCGAUGGGGAAUAUGACUGGCCUCCUAAGUGCUCUCUGUGUAAUUCAGUGCUGGAAGAAGGAAGUGAUCAAACCACCCGAUUGGGUUGCCUGCAUCUCAUGCACACAAAAUGCCUGGUAUCGCAUAUUCAAAGUUUUCCAACUCAAACUGCACCAGCUGGAUACGUGUGUCCUGCAUGUUCUACCCCUCUAUGGCCUCCUACAAGCAUCAAAGAUACAGGGUCUCGCCUCCAUGCAAAACUUAAGGAAUCAAUAGUCCAGAGUGGCUUGGAGAAAAAUGUUUUUGGAAAUCAUGUUGUACCAAUGCCUACAGUGGAUACCCAUGUUCCUCCUGCUUUUGCUUCAGACCCACUUAUGCGUGUGUCUGAAGAUAGAGAAAUAAAUGGUGGGAAAUCAUUUGAUCCCACCAAAGAUUUGAGCACACAAUCAUCUUCAUUUUCCAAGGAGGACAAAUACCUGGUUGAAGUCAACUCAUCUACUAUCAGAAUCGAUACCCCUGAACCAGAGAUUGUUGAAAUAGAUGGUCCCAGUUCAUUAGGAAGCCAAUUCAAAAGUCCGAGUCCAAUGGGUCCUGGUGCUACUACGAGAAAGGGUGCAUACUAUGCUGAUAAGCAAAAUUCUGAAACUUCAUAUUAUGCUGAUGAUGAAGAUGGAAGCCAGAAAAAGUAUACUAGAAGAGGUAUCUUGAAUAAAGAGGUGUCACGCACAAGGAGUUCAGUUCAUUGCAGAGGUUAUCUGUGUAGCAGAUUAAUUUUUCAUUAUGAACAUUUUAAGACGAUUUGGUAAAAUAUUCUGUGGCGGUCAUUUUUUGAUUUAUGGUGCUUAAAUGUCAACGUAUAUCUAAGAUAACCUGUCUUUUACAUCAAAAGACAACUUUCUUCACCCUUUAUAUCUAGUUUUAAUUUUCCCGGAAGGAUAGAUUGUAAAUGCUCUGUUUUACUCAUUGAUAUAAGGCUAAAUUACGGAAAACCCCCCGUCAAAACCCGCUUUUUCACUUUCCCCCUCUGUCAUUUAAAAACCUACACUUUGCCCCCUUGUAAAAUAAAAAAUGUUCACAGGGGGGUACGGUGCGACAAAAUGACCAUUUUGCCCUUCACCAUUUUCGUCUUCUCCCUCAUCCUCCUCAUCCGUGGCGGAGGAGGCCGACCUCGGGUGGGACGCAGGCGGCGAGGCCGUCGUCGAGGAGGACGAUCUCGUUGAGGGUGUCGGCCAUGCGGCCGAUGGAGGGCGGGAUGCAGCCGUCGAGUUUGUUGUGGGCGAGGACGACGAUGGAGGCCGGGGAGUCGCCGAGGUUGGCGGGGAUGGGGCGGCGGCGGCGGAGGCGGUUGGAGUUGAGGAAGAUGGCGUCGAGGGGGCGGUCGAAGAGGAGGUUGAGCUCGUGGAGGAGGGCGAGGCCGGUGAGAGCGCCGUCCCGGAAGCCAUCGAAGCAACAGGGAAGAGGAGCGAAGGGGCAUUUUUGGCAUAAAAAAAUAUUAUAACGGAACCCUAACGGUAGGGGGUUAAGUGCACAUUUUU